CAGCCAGUCUGUCAAUAGUUCGGCAUGCGGAAUCGGAUAGAAACAUCCGUUUUUCGAAAAAUUGCUGAAAUAAAUCAAUUUAUGGUACUUCUUCAAUAUUAUCAAACUAUUUCUAUAAUCCCAGUUCCACUCACGGUAGACAUGGAGAGCCAAGCAUCGCGAGAUUUUCAUAAACUCAUGUUUUCUUCUUGGGGGUGUCCUACCCCCUGUGGUGAAACGUCAACGAGAUCCUAAAUUCACCACUUUCAUACGUUGCUUACCAACCUUGAUUCAAAUUCAACCGUUGUGUUUAUUUUCAUUUGCUGGAUGGUGUAAUUUACAUUGUUUUUACAUUAUAUGUAAUUACGGUAAACAUGGGUGUAAAAGAUUUAUGGAAUCUACUGACUCCUCACAUGGAGCGUAAACCGUUGUUCGAACUGAGUAACAAAGUGGUUGCAAUAGAUCUCUCCGGCUGGGUGUGCGAAAGUUUGAACGUAGUCGAUUAUUUUGUGCAUCCACGGUUUUAUCUACGAAACUUAUUCUUCCGUACGUGCUAUCUGCUGCAAACUGGAAUCAUACCCGUUUUUGUGCUGGAAGGUACCGCACCAGCAUUAAAGUAUGGAGUGAUCGUAAAGCGCAAUCAGAUGCAGUUUCGGGGAGUUCGGCCAAAGAAGAUUGCAAACUGUGAUAAAGCGACCACGGCCAGCUCGACCACGGCAGACAAACCUGCUAAACCAGCGGAACAAAAACGGAACCGCUUUCACUACGUCCUGAAGCAAUGCGAGGAGCUUUUAAGUGCCAUGGGGCUGGUAUGUGUGCAAGCGCCAGGAGAAGCGGAGGCUCUCUGUGCCUAUCUAAAUCGGGACAAUCUCAUCUACGGUGUUAUCAGCCAGGAUUCGGAUUGCUUCGCUUACGGUGCCGUUCGAGUGUUUCGCAACUUUUGUGCCUCACAAAGCGGUGGUUCAGUUGAUAUUUACGAUUUGAAUCGGGUUGAUAGCAGCGUGCUUCGUUUGGGGCAGGAAAAGAUUGUUGCCAUGGCACUGCUGUCUGGGUGUGACUAUUGUCCGGCGGGCGUUAUGGGUGUGGGCAGGGAAAUGGUUACACGGUUCUUAAGCUGCUACGAUAAUAGUGAAAUAUUGCCUAAAAUGCGCUCCUGGCGAAAAACAGCCGAUCGAUUGACGGAGUUAGAAAUUCGUGCAGAAGAUAAAAACAUUUGCUCCGAUUGUGGACACGUUGGGAAGCAGCUGCAGCAUCGUAGAGCCGGAUGCCUGGAUUGCAGAACAAAGCCAGGAUGUAAUGAAUCGCGUUGGAAGCAACAGCGCUCUAAUAUUAAAACCGAGCUGGAUAUCAAGCGGAAAGCGCUUAAAGAUCCAGACUUUCUGCAAGAACCGAUUAUAGACGAAUUUCUUACGAGACCCUGCGAGUUGCCAGCACUGGAUUUAUCAUGGCGACAGCCAAAUUUGGUAAAAUUUAUUAAAAGCAUGUCCUCCUAUCUACAGUGGAAUGAGCUUUACUGCUUUCAAAAGUUACUGCCACUGUUCACCCGCUGGCAGGUAUACGUGACGAACCAUCCGACGGUGCAACGUUCCGACAUUUUCCUCGAACCGGAUCACAUUAAGAAGAAACGAUCCCCCAAAGGCAUCGCCAGCUAUGAAAUUGUAUGGAAAGAUGCACAAAACAUGUUCGGUGGACUAAUUCCACAAGAUCAAAUUGAUUCCUAUCUAGCCGAAGCGGGCAAUACGUUGGAAAGCUUAUGGAGCACGAUCGAACCACAUGAUCUGGUGCAGGAAACAUAUCCAGAGCUGGUUGAAACUUUUCUAGCAAGUAAAACAAAGGGAAAAAAGAAGAAAGAAACUUCUAAACCUGAUGGGCAAGACAAACCCAAGAAAAAAGCAGCCGCGAAGAAAGAAAAAGCGCAAAUUCCGUUAAAGAAAUUUCUUGCAAAAGCAAACAGCAAAAAUGGAGCUACAGAACAGCCAGUACGAAACGAUGGUAGCGAUUCCGAAAAUCAACCAAAUCUCCUUAAUCAAUCAUCCGAGGAGGAGUUUCAUUCGGUUGAUCAUUUCCUUAACUUUACUGCCGAACUGGAAGCCAUCGCUGACGAUCGCACAGCAAACGAAAGCUUUAAUUCGUCGGCUUUUAUUGAUCGUUUGUGCCGGCCAAACUAUCUACAGCGAGCACUUGAGGAGUACAUGCAAAUGAUCGAAACAGAAAAGAAGAGUAAAGCGUUAGAGGAACUACUUUCUCAAAGCGUUGCUCUGUUGCCAACGGUGGAGCCGUGCGUGAAAUCGAUUGAUGAGAUUAGUAACGUGCAGCAUCGGAUUGUUCUGAAACGUGAUAUACUGAACGCAUCGAUUGUUGGUGGUGUCCAGCUAAACCAAUCCGUUAAUCAACCGGCAGCGAGUAAAAAGAAGCGUAUGAGCUUCUUUUUUGAACCAAUAGACAUUCCACCACCCGAGCAACAAGCUGGAGAACAUGAUAUGGAGGAAAUGGAUAUGUUCGAGUGUUCGCUAAUGCUUAAGGAUCAAAUUGUGGUUGAGCCAUGUGAAGACGAAGGUGAUAUCAAUCAGACGAUCAUAUACGACAUCGACUUUUAGUACUACAAAUCUCGUUAAGUUAUGUUAUGUUUAAGUUUUACUUUUACUUCGCUUUUUUAUGAUGAAAAUACACCUCUACUUGGAAUCAUGCGGUAA